AUGGCGCGGCCGCCGGCCAUUAGCAUGCACCGGGCGCGCGGCGCACUAUCGGCCGGGCCCGCGCCCCCCGGGCCCGCCCCUCGCGCCCAUUGUGCCCGGCCCGCGCCCCGAGCUCGCCCGCACCCACCCGACGGCCAUGUCUCGGUCCCGGCACGCGGCCGCCCGGGUGCACGCGAACUUGGAGAAAGUCGAGGGGCGCGCGGGUCUGGCCCUCCGCGGCAGGGCGUGGGCGCCUGCGGGCCGGCGCGCUUUCGUUUUCGUCUGGGACAAAGGUCCCUGGCGGCGCCGGGCGCGGAUGCGGGGACCGGAGGCUGCAGGCCCCCGGAGGCACGGAGCGCGCGGUGCCGAAUCCCCGGCCUGGAGACGGGUGCGCUCGCGGGCGGCCGUGCCCGGAGUUGCGGGAUCCGCGUCGCGCUGCACCCCGCCGUCCCCAUGCAGGAGGCAGCGAGCGCCGGGCACCGGGACGCGGCUGGUGGCCGAGGGCCUGUGCGGCGUGGGCACGUGAGCGAAGCGCCGGCCCCGGCGAGGGCACCACCGAAGACCCGUACGCCGCGGGCACGAUCGGCUUCCAGGCGACUCCGGAGAGCGAGUGUGGCUGUCACAGAGCAGAGCCUGCGCCGGUGGGCACUAGGACCCCACACCCAGGUCUUGCCGGCUGCUGGCCACUUCCCCAGGGACAGGGACACUGAAGCCCAGGUCGGUACAGUGCCCGUGGUACAGCUGGAAAUGGGAGCUGUCAGCCCGUCCUGGCCACUGCCUGAACCAGGCCCCUGAGGGUGAUGUCCAUGUGUCCCGUGGGCCUGGGGACUCCCAUGUGCCCCAUCCUGGCUGGGCUGGGUGCCGACCGCCACCCCUGGUGCCUCUCUGCAGCAGCGGGACCAGGGUUUCUGAGAAGUCAGGGCCGGCCCAGGGCUCUGCCGGGGAAAAGGCCUAGAACCCUUUCCAGCUUGGCCAUCAGCAGGUCUGGGACAGUGGCCCGGCCAGUUUGCCUUCUCUGUGGUGCCGCCUAGGACUCAGUGCAGCAGCCCAUUGUCCUGAGGGGUCUGGGGCCUGGGCUGUGCUGGGCACCCUCCCCAGCAGGGUCUGCCCUAGACCCCCAGCCUCACACGGACCCAGGCAUGCUCCCAUGGUCCCCGGUGUCCUGUGGGCACAAUGGCAGGUAAAACCAUGACCCAGGUGGGCCCUUCAUGUGGACUCAGGCACAAGUGCACCCCAGGUCUCUGACCACCAAGCUCUCGCAUGCAGGGAGCCACAAGGGCAUAGUUCCUGGACCAGGACAGGGUCCCAGAGGGCUGUGACACACGUGACCGGCUGCUUUGGUUGUGUUUUCCAGUACUAAGGAUUGAACCCCAGGGGCUCGUGCAUGCUAGGCAAACACUCUACCACUAAGCCAUGGCCCCAGCCCUUUUAAAAAUUUUUAUUUUGAGAUAAGAUCUGGCUAAGUAGCACAGGAUGGCCUUGAAUUUGCAAUCAUCCUGCCUCAGCCUCCCAAGGAGCUGGGCUCACAGGUGUGCGGGGCAUGGUUUUUAAUUGACUUGAACUUGCUGUCCUUGAAGUCUGCUCAGAUGGACCCAGGAUGGGGGGGGGCACCAUGGCAGCCCUGCUGGCCCUGUCCCCUACCCACUUCCGGCUGUUGUCACUCGCUCCCUGGCUGGCAGCGCCUAUCCAAACUUGGUGCCUGUGGUAGGCACACAACCCACACUGAGCCGCAGCCACCAUGCUGGCCUGAGGGGAGUCACCUGUCCCUGGGGUCCCCAGCCAUCACUGCCACCCAUGUGUCAGGAGCUGGGGAGACAGAGGUGGGGGGGUGGGCAGGAAGUCAAGGCUAGAAUGAGGGCAGGGGCUGGAACCCCACCACACCCUCAGCCUGGGCAGGGUCUCAGGGGGACCCCAGACGGCAGGUGAGCUACCGAUCUCAUCUGUGGGUGAAGGAUCGAGGGCAGUUGACCAAGGGGCCUCCGGGCAGGCUGGGAGGGACAGGUCUGCUCUAAUACCAGACAGUCAGUUUGCCCUAUUUGCCUUUAAAAAUACUGUGUGCUUGGUCUUUCUGUCCCAGGAAAAUGUGGACAAAAGCCAGUGUCGGGGUCCCCGCACCACACAGGUGCCUGCCAGACCCAGAGGGCCCUGAGGUGGGAUGGGGCCUCCUUGGUGUGGGGCUUCCUGGGGUCACCCUGGGCAGAAGCAUCCAGGCCCCUGGCAGCUGUGUGACCUCCGUCAGCUCAGUGCUUCUGGGUCUCUGUUCCCUGACCCCAGACACUGGGGAAGACUGACCCUCCCACACCACUGUGUGACUGUGCAGAAGCCACCGGAGUGAUGAGCAUCCAUACUGGCCUUCCCUGGGGGACAUGUGUGCCCCGGCACUGGCUCACAUGUUGGCAGCCAUAUUGGGAUCGUGAUUUGAACCCAACACCCCGUGACUGUGAGGUGGACCUGCCCCCCACUGAGGAGAAGAGCCUAGGGGAGGCCCACAGCAUACUCUCCACUCCUGGGAGUUGGCAGGGCAACUGUGGCUGCACAAGUGACGGGCUGGUGGUGGCACCUGCCUCAAUGCUGCCCAUGUUGCCAUAGCAACCCCACACUGUAAGGAAACCAUGGGCUUCUCCCCAAGUCUACCCUCUUGUUUUCUGACACAGACCCUGUCCCCCGCUGUGAAUCAGCUGGUCCUGAGUCUCUGGGUCUGUGAGGAUCAUCUGCCCCUCUGAAACUGCCCUGCAGGGCUCAACUGCUGGCCAUACCACCCCACAGGGCUCAGUUUACCUGUCUGCAGAGUGGGAUUUUUCCUCCACUGCAUGGGCCAGGAGGGGGCCUAGAGCUGUCUUGUCUGUCUCUGCUACAUCCAGGGCAGAGCAGGGGAGGAAGACAUCCCUGCAGCCACCUAGGGUCAUCCUUUAUGGGUUCUGUGGGUUCACUGAGUGCCCACUCUCUGCUCUGGACAGGAUGUGACAGCAGCAGUCUUAGUUGGGAGCUGUAGUCUCAUGACCAAGGGUCAGGGAAGGAGAUGCGGGUCUGUGGGGGUCACAUAUUUGGGAAGUGGCCGGGACAGAGUGGCUUGACACACAUAGGCAGGCUCCCAGUGCCACACCAUGGCUGAAGCCAGAAGGUGGAGAGAGGUCCUCCUAGCAUCCCCUUGAUGGUCACCCAGCAGCUGCACUAGUCUCUGGUAUGACAAGUCCUGUUGGCUGUCCUUGGGCCGGUGGGCAGCAUCAGUCCCUGGAGUAUAGGCCAGCCCUUGGGCCACCAGGCUGAAGGCCACCAACCUAGGGAAAGAGAGCCCACCUUCCCUAAGGCCAAGGUGAAGAACUUUUAAUCCAGGCUGGGCAGUCCACGGUGGAGAGCUUCAGUGCUCUUGGGCAGGAGGUAGGUUCUAGAAGGCCUGCCUGCCCUGCUCCCUGGCCAGGCCAUCCCAGGCCUCAGUACAGUGCAGUGCCCAGUUUCUGGAGCGGAUGUCCCUCCUCCUCCUUCUCUCUGCCCGCUGUCCACUGUUCCCCGCCCUCUGGCUUCGGCCGUCUUUGUCUUCCCAAGCUCCACAAAAUGGCUGCUGCAGCCCUCCGCCAUUUUGUAACUGAAGUGGGCAGUGGCCUUAGGGGAAGGAGGAGGGAGACCCCUGCCCACUGCUUGCCCUGGGCAGCCUGGACGGAGCCCAGCACCAGCCCCCGCCUUGCCUGGUCUUGGCCAUGGCUGCCCUGGGCUUGGCACAGCCACUUGGCAAGGCAGCCCGGGAGACCUGGCCCCUCACCCAGUCCCACCCAGCCCCUUGCCACCACUGAGGCUUCCCCGCCAAGCAGACACUAAAGCCUCUCAGAGGUCAGGGGGAGCAUCUACGUGAAGGACGGUGUGGGAGCAUCUGGUAAAGGUGUCUCUCCAGGAGUGACGAGAUGUGGCCGGUGGCUGUGGCAUGGGUCAGGUCUUUGCUGUGGAGGAGGUCACUGGUGUACAUCAGGGCCCUGCCUCAGACCGCUGAGUGGCUCAGGCCCUUCAAAGAUGCCCGCUGUGGUUCCCAGACAGAGCCUUCUGCCACCUGGAGGUGACUUUUUUGCUCCUGGUCCCUCCUAAAGACCCCACCAAGGACGGGAUGGUCGGAUGCCACCCACUGCCCACCUGCCAAGGCCAGGACUGUCACACAUGUCACACCAGGCCUGGAGCCUCCUGGGAGGAAACACAGGAGCCCAGGCUUCCACAGGCAGGAAACACCCCCAAAGAAGGGCCAGGCCCCAGCCUCAAGGAUGGAGAGAUGGAGAUGAGAAUCGUUGGAGAUAAAUUGAGCCUUGGAGGCUACCGUGAUUGCCUGGUGGUUAAGCGCGUUGGGGACAGAGAGGCUAUGCGAUUCCACCUUCCCCUCUGGGCACCGAGUGAAUCCUGGGACCUGACCCCGGGAUAUGAUUCCUGACUUCCUUGCUGCCAUGAACAGCCCUUGGAGCUGGCAUCCUUACCGGUUUACAGAGGACACCACCGAGGCCCAGAGGGCCACCAGCCUGCCAGCAGCUGGUUGCUUGCAAGGGUCGGAACUGUGCCCCAAAACCUGUCAUCCAGGCUUCUCCUCAGCUCACAGCUGUCAGAUUCGCUCGGGCUAUUGUGGCCGCUGCUUAUGCCCGGCCCACCCUCUCCCACGCCUGGGGGCCCCAGAGACAGGAAAAGAGAGAGCCUGGUGGGGACAGACUCACAAGUGGCAUUCCCUGCCCUGUGCCAGGCUCAGCAACUCCGGGGAGGGGACCUGGGUCCCAGCAGCCCCGGAAGGCUGGCCGGCCAUGGGUCCCAUCCAGGGUCUGUGAUGCCAGAUCCUGGCUCUCAUUUGCCCCUGUAUCCCCAGGAUGCGCUUCUGGGGGCCUCAAGGCCUCUGGGUGCCUGCUCCUGGCCUGGCCAGUGCCCCCCAGCCACACUCCACCUGGGCCCAAGAACGAGCCUGAGCCAUCUCUGUGUAAGCUUGAUAUUAUUACAGGAUGGUCCUUUUUG